CUCUCUCUCUCUCUCUCUCUCUCUCUCUCUCUCUCUCUCCGUGCUCUUCAAAAACCUAACAGUAACAAAAGUCUGUUAGAUUUACUUGUGUUUCAUUAGGGUUAAUGGAGAGAGAUGUCAUUGAUCAUCACAGAAAAUCUUUUUCCAGGUGUUUGAUGUCUCCUUCGUGCUUUCCGGUGCAAGAAGAAAUGGAGUACGCUCGCAUCCGCAGCUGCAGCCAAAGAAAAAGAAGCCCUAGAUGGCGGAACUUGCUUCGGAGGUUGUUGAGUGAUAGGGGCAGAAGCAUAUGCGGGUCGAAAACUAGGUCGUUUCAGUACGAUGCUGUCAGCUACUCGCAGAAUUUUGAUGACGGGUGUCAUUUACAUGAAGAACCAAGACGCCAUUUGCAGGUUACGCUUCCUGAUGUGAGAUGGGAUGGUUCCACUUGAUGAGCAAUAUAUCGGGUCUAGUUAUUACAAAGCUAGAAGAUGUGUAAUUAUAGAUUAUUAUUAAUCAAUUUAUUGUAAUAGUGCAAUUCUGAUCUCAGCACAUUUUCAUGUUAUUUUUUGGGGUUUUAGAUUUGAUGCUCAGUCGCUAAGAUGUCCUAAAUUCGAAUCCUCGCA